CUUACAGUAGGAGAGGAAAUUGCUGAAGAACUUACCGUGGUCAAUCUUUACUCGUCCGAGUCCUGGCAAAAGACUGUUAGUAUUGUUUACAGGAAUGCAGAAAUGCUCCAAAAACAACUACUAUACCAUAACGUAACUUGGUCUUAUGCUUUACAAAAGUCUCUUAGUAACCCACGUAAAGCAUAA